CCUCUCGCUCUUUCGACCCCCUCCUCCAUCUCAUUCCAACACGUCCAAUGUGAUAUCGACAGGAAAUUGAUUCAUCUCGACCUGCUUCUACCCCGUACCUUCGCCUGGUUUUGCGUGCCGGCCUUUUUCACCCCCUUUCUCGUCCGACCGUAACCGGUCGCCAUUUCACAUGAAAUUUUAGUAAACGGCGAUCACUACUCCCACUCGAUCCUCUCCUCUUCUCUUUUCCCUCUCCUCUUUCUCCCCCCUGGUCGUAUCCUUUUGGCUGGGCCCUUCCCGAACCCCAGUUUUUUUUCCUAAUAAUUUUUUGACGCCUUCCCCUCCUUCCCCGCGUCUGCAACGCAUCUCGCGGUCCUCUCCCUCUCUCACGCCCUCGGCCUAUUGAAACCACCAUGUCCAAAUCUCGCCGGAACGUUAGGUUUCAACAUCGGGCGUCCAACGAAUCCGAUACUCGACGUUUAAGUAUCUCGGAUGCUAGCGAUGUUGCCUCCGAACCCGGUAGCCCGUCCAAGAACGGCGGCGUGUCUAAACAGGCGACGAUUCCCGAAGAGAAGUCCGAGAAGCCGCAGCUGUCCGACUACGAGAAAAAGAAGCAGACCUUCAUCACCCGCACAAUAUGGACCUUCGUGAUGAUUGCCGGUUUCUUCAUUUCCAUGUUUUCCGGUCACAUCUACAUCAUUGGUCUCAUAUCCGCCGUGCAAAUCGUCUCGUUCAAGGAGGUGAUUGCCAUUGCUAAUGUUCCGAGUCGGGAGAAGAACCUUCGAUUCACCAAGUCGCUCAACUGGUAUUUCCUGGCCACGACGAUGUAUUUCCUUUACGGAGAAAGUGUCAUCUACUACUUCAAGCAUAUUCUCCUGGUUGACAAGGUGUUGCUGCCCCUGGCGACUCACCACCGAUUCAUCAGCUUCACGCUCUACGUCAUGGGAUUCGUCUUCUUCGUUGCUUCUUUGCAAAAGGGCCACUACCGGUUCCAGUUCACUCAAUUCGCCUGGACCCAUAUGGCUUUGUACCUCAUCGUUGUGCAAGCACACUUUGUCAUGAACAACGUCCUGGAGGGUAUGAUCUGGUUCUUCCUGCCGGCCUCCCUCGUCAUCACGAAUGAUAUUUUCGCCUACGUCUGUGGAAUUACUUUCGGUCGGACCCAGCUUAUCCAGUUGUCGCCCAAGAAGACGGUCGAGGGAUUCCUUGGUGCCUGGAUCUGCACCAUCAUCUUCGGCUAUUUCAUGACCAAUGUCCUGAUGCGCUACAAGUACUUCAUUUGCCCGGUGAACGACCUCGGAUCGAACGUUCUGACCGGACUGGAAUGCACUCUCAACCCGGCCUUCGUGCCCCAGCCGUACUCGUUCCCCUUCCCCGAAUUUACCGGCCUGGACAAGACCUUCUACGUUGAGCCCAUGCAAUUCCACAUCCUGGUUUUCGCAAGUUUCGCCUCCCUCAUUGCGCCUUUCGGCGGUUUCUUCGCCUCCGGGCUCAAGCGGACGUUCAAGAUCAAGGACUUUGGCGAGUCGAUUCCCGGCCACGGCGGUAUCACUGAUCGCAUGGACUGCCAGUUCAUUAUGGGAUUCUUUGCGUACAUGUACUACCACAGCUUCAUUGCCGUGUACAAGGCCAGCGUCGGAGACAUUAUCGAGACCGCUAUCAAUGGAUUGACCGUUGAGGAACAACUCGAGGUGGUCCGUGGCCUCGGCAAGUACCUGUACAACCAAGGAACAGUCUCCGAGACGAUCCUGGAUUGCUUGACUACCGAGCUCAAACGACGAUAAAUAAUUCCCGAUAAUGACCCGCCCCUCUCCAUUCUACUCAGAUGAUGAACUCCAACAUUCCCUCCUUGGAAACAAAACUUGCAAUAGCCACUUCCUUUUAAUUGACCGUUUUCUCGCCGAACAAGAAUUCAGGAGUUCCUUUGUUCCAGAACUCCGAAACGACACCUUUUCUCCUUUCCUAUUUGCUCCCCUUUUUUGUUUUCGCUCCCAAAAGUAUCCUGUACAAGGUCAUGCUGGGAUAAACGUGCGCCACGCAACCAGCUCAUUCAGGGUAUACCUUUCUAUAACUCGUCAUUGCAUUGGGUCAUUGGUAUAAACAAUACCAAGGAAGGACGAUGGAUGAAUGGACAUCGGGCCAGGGUCCCCAGUCCAGACUUGAAGACUUCGGUCUAGGUCAAAAAAGUGAAAUGGGUUCGGUUGUUCUUCCUUACCUAGCUUUUGCUUUCUAUGUCUAGCUAGCUUGUUUCGAUUUGAGAUGGAAUGGAGGGCCUUACGUCCAGGACGAUAGUGUAAAAUCAACCAUAUAUAACCAACAAGCGUUUGAAGGCCACUUUUCGCGGCCUGCUUAUAUUAUCAAUCAAAUGCUCAUGCUAUGAAGUAAAAUUGUCUACUGUCUGGGCAUU